GUGCAAGAUAAUGAUGAAGCAUUCGUCGACAAUGCGUUUGAUUAUCCAUUGGCUCACUCUUUUGCGCUCUUCAAAGAAGUCGAAGACAAAGUAGUUGAAGUUAUGGCGUACUCUUCUGCCGCAAAAUUUUCUAUUAAUUUUGUAGCAAAGCGUUGGUUGCUUGAAAAAUAUCAAGAUAAUGAUCUUGGUAUACAGCCUCUUGUUAAUCUGUCUACAGUUUUUUUAUCUGAACCAUCUAAGUCAUUAAUUCUAACUACUAUAUUACGGUCAAAUGAAUUUGCCAACUUAUUUUCUGCACAAAAUGCAAUGUCAACUAUGACUCGUCUUUCGACGUCUGUCAUUGCUAAAAAGGCAAUGCAAAAAAAAAAAGUUUAUGCUGAAACUAUUGGAAUUGCACGAAAAGCAAUAAAUAUCGCAAUUGAAAAGGAUGAUCCACACGUUCUUAAGUUUUUAAAGGGUUAUAUUCUUCAAAAUGAACGUUCUCUUGUUGAAAAUACAACUGAGGCAUCCUCCUCUGGUUACAAAACAAACGUUCUUAAAGAACGUCCUGAAGUAAAUAUCAUCCCUGAGAAAUCUCAAGUUUCUAAUCCUGUCAAGAAAGCUAGAAAAGGGCGACCACCAAAAAUAGCACGUUAUCAGUCAUCGCUUGAAAAUCCAUCGUCAAAAGCUCAAGAAAAACGACCACGUGGCCCUGAAACUAAUACGUGUGGCGAAUGUGGUGGUAAAGAAUUGCAUAAUCAUGAUCUUAUAGAGGAAAAUAAGAAUGAAUGGGUUGGCUCAAGUGGUUCUGAGUCAGGUGCUGAAAUGGAUAAUAUUGA